CCCCGGACGUCUUUUGCUCUCCUUCACCUAGGAGAUGAGCGGCAGUGAGACGAGCACGCGAGAUCAUGGCGUGCCCGUACGCGAGGCGCUCGCGGCGGGGGACAAGAGGGUGACCGCCGUGGCGCGGUCAGCGCGGCGGCGAAGGCUGGAGCUGCGGCGGCUGGGACGGACGGCGUCGGUGGCGGAGGAGGACGAGGCGGCGAAGCGGAUGCGCCCGGUGUCCGAAAGCUCCUCGGACUCGUCCGACUCGGCGAAGGUGGCGCCAGAGCCGCACCCAGCGGCGGAGGCGGUGGCCCGAGCGUCGGAGAGGUGGCCCGCGUGCGUGUCGCACGGCGCGGUGUCGGUGAUCGGGCGGCGGCGGGAGAUGGAGGACGCGGUCGCUGUCGCGGCGCCGUUCCUGGCCGCGGCGGGAGAGGAGAAGGGCGGCGCGGUCGAGGGAGGGAAGGGGGAGUUCUUCGCGGUGUACGACGGGCACGGCGGGUCCCGGAUUGCGGAGGCGUGCCGGGAGCGGAUGCACGUUGUGCUCGCGGAGGAGGUGGUGCGGCUGCACCUCGGGGCGGACGAAGACGAGGACGGCGCGCGGUGGAAGGAGGCCAUGACCGCCUGCUUCGCCCGGGUGGACGGCGAGGUCGGCGGCGCCGACGACGAGGAGGACUCCGGCGAGCAGACGGUUGGCUCCACCGCCGUCAUCGCCGUCGUGAGCCCCCGCCGCAUCGUGGUCGCGAACUGCGGCGACUCCCGCGCCGUCCUCUCCCGCGGCGGCGUCGCCGUUCCACUCUCCUCCGACCACAAGCCCGAUCGCCCUGAUGAGUUGGAAAGAGUAGAAGCAGCUGGUGGCAGGGUCAUCAACUGGAAUGGGAACCGUGUCCUGGGGGUGCUAGCGACAUCAAGGUCAAUUGGAGACUAUUACUUGAAACCAUAUGUGACAGCGGAACCAGAGGUGACUGUCAUGGACCGGACGGACAAAGACGAGUUCCUCAUAUUGGCGAGCGACGGGCUGUGGGAUGUCGUGUCCAAUGAGGUGGCUUGCAAGAUUGCGAGAAACUGCUUGAGCGGGCGCGCGGCUUCCAAGUACCCAGAGUCCGUCUCCGGGAGCACCGCGACCGAUGCCGCCGCCCUGCUGGUGGAGCUCGCGAUGUCGCACGGCAGCAAGGACAACAUCAGCGUCGUGGUGGUGGAGUUGAGACGCCUGAAGAGCAGGACGGCGAGCAGAUAGCGUCCGUCUGUAGGAGUGUAUGACGGGAUGUUGUAAAAAGGGGCUCUCAGCGGUCUGUCCGUAGAGCUGCUCCUGUGUUGCGACUGGUGAGUGUUGGUAGCUGUGCUGCUGUAUUUGUUGGUUCUUUAGCUCUAUUCUGUGACAUGACAUUCCGGCCGAACGAAGCAGCAAUAAGCAUGAGCUGCUUUUCUCAUUUCUGAUUA